GCCUAUAAUAAAGAAAAGAUAGUGUUGCACGGACUGGGAUUGUCGACUGUUUACUCUAUAGGAAAAUUUCAAACAGUACUAAAAAUUGAUGAUUGUUAUUUUGAAUUAUUGUUUUAUAUUGUACCAACAAAUGCAAUGCCUUACAAAGUGAUCCUAGGUCAACCAUUUUUGGAAAAUGCGGUAGUUAUUUUCGAUAAAGGUGUGGUAAAUGUAGUUUCGAGGAAUGUGCAUUGUUUGUUUACAGAUGACAAACCGGUUAGUUAUGUACCAAAUCCUCAGAUUAUGGAGACAGCUCAGCUUAUAGUGGAUCAAUAUAAGCCCUUACAAACCAAGGAGGCACCAUUUGAAAUGCAGAUUAUCCUGAACGACGAUGUGCCGGUGGCACAGCGGCCGCGUAGACUAGCCUAUAAGGAACAAGAAGCAGUUGAUAAACAAAUUGAGAGCUUAUAGCAAAGGGGUUUCUAUUAAUUUUUAUUGACGACUUAAUAAUAUUAUCAAACACAUAUGAUGAAGCCAUAGAUCGACUUCGUGAAGUUUUAAAAUUAGCUUCUGAAUAUGGAUUACAUAUAAAUUGGAGAAAAAGUGACUUAUUGACUAAAAAGGUGGAAUAUCUUGGUUAUGAAAUUGAAAAUGGAGAAAUAAAACCGUGUAGAGACAAAGUUGA